UUUCUCUGAGGCUGUGUGAUGCAUCAGUUGUGCCUGAGAUCUCUCAACGUGUAGUUCGCGAAAAGGGUUCUACUUCUGGAUCUUUUUCCCUCGGUACCCCUAACCAAAACAACAACAACAAAACCCAGAAAAGAUGAACUUCACAAAACUGUUCAUUCUGGUGGCGAUCGCUGUGCUGGUGAUCGUUGGUGUACAGCCCGCGGAUGGUGCUCCCCGUUGGAAGUUUGGCAAGCGGUUGGAAAAACUUGGACGUAAUGUGUUCCGGGCGGCUAAGAAAGCGCUGCCAGUCAUUGCCGGCUAUAAAGCCCUUGGCUAGAUGAAACUGAUCUUCAUGAACCCGCUCGCCCCUGCUUCAGAACUAUCGCUAGCGAUAAUGCAUUAACGGACGUACACAAGAGGAACCCCCCCACUACUAAUGGCAUCCAUUAUCAACAUGUUUCACUGAUCAACUAGCUCGGUGAAUUUAUUCGCAAGACUGAGGGUUAUCUAUAUAUUGGUUCCAUAGUUAUAGAUGGCUUUAACGACUUACCGUUAAACACUGGCGUAUUGUUACGGUCUACUGCUUUACAGUAUUUUUAUACCUGAUUACAAAUAAAAACUGGCAAAAUGUCUGCAUAGAUUUCACAUCA